GGACCAAAGCAACGCAGCCAGCAACCUGUAUGUUAGUCAUACGCGAAUGCAGCACUUCCAUAAUCCCUCGGUUGCUUAUCUUUAGUCGGUCGCUGUGACGCGAGUCCCCAUCGCUGGUACAUAUCUUUUGGCAUACAGCGUUCUUACUUUCGUGCGCAUUUGUGGGUAAGUUAUUUACUCAGAUGGAUGAGACAUACGAUGUCAUUGUACUCGGAACUGGUCUCACCGAGUGCAUUCUCAGUGGCCUGAUGUCCAUUAGUAAUAAGAAGGUGUUACAUAUGGACCGCAAUAAAUAUUAUGGCGGGGCUAGCACAUCAUUGUCUCUUGAUGAUCUUUUUAAGAGAUUCGGAGUUACUUGUUCUCUCGACGCAUACGGUCGUGUGAAAGAUUGGAACGUGGAUUUAAUUCCUAAAUUUCUCAUGGCAAAUGGAAAGCUCGUUUCCCUGCUAGUUCAUACUGGCGUUACUCGUUAUUUGGAGUUUAAAAGUAUCGAAGGAAGCUAUGUCUUUCACAAAAGCAAGAUCCAUAAGGUCCCCAGUAAUCAAAAAGAAGCCCUUUCAACAAGCCUGGUCGGUAUGUUGGAGAAACGGAAGCUUGCCAAGAUGCUUAAAUGGGCCGUUGACGUUAACGAGGCCGAUCCUUCAACUUGGAUGGGGUGUUAUGCCCCUCCGAUGGAUAUAAGGAAGAACAGCAUCCAACAAGCCUUUGAUUACUUCGGUAUUGACAAAAAUACCCAAGUUAGUACAUUCGUCACCAACGCAUGA